ACGAGGAGGAGCGGUUGCCGCACGUCGUCAUCCAUCCUAUGGUCGGUUGCCGUUGCGUUGCAGUUUGCCGCUCGUCGUGAUACACAAGAAUCCCGCGCCGCCGCCGCCACCGACAACAGUCCAAGACGCGCGCUCGUCCGAUGUGGGUGUCCCACAGGCCGCACAUCCGCGACUUUCUUCUUCUCCCAUCCCAUCCUCUCCUCAAACGAAAUCGUUAUUACCACCGCAGACAGUACCAAGAACGAACGUAGUUCGUACCAGAGCAAACAGCCAUAGAUAGACUCGAGACGUGUUUCCAUCCCCGGGGAUCAUCGAACAUGUGAAACACUCGAGCACCAUCGACGACGAGUUUAUCUCUCCGGAUACAACUUUAGUUUGUUUUUAUUCUUUGUUUGUUACUUUCUUCUUUUUCUCUCUUUUACGAUCAGCGAUUCGAACUAUUAUUUUCGGUGAUCUCCUUCUCCUCUCCUUUUUCCCUCGGUUUUGAGUGAGUGAGUGAAUUGUGUAUGUGUACGACGUUUCUUGUUGUCCUUUUGGGAUUUAUUCGUCGAUCAUGCUGAAGAUACAAAUGCUAGAGCAGUUAGUCACCAAUGAGAAUAAUGGGUACGUGGACAGUAGCAGCAGCUCUUCAACCCGCAAUGUUUCGAGACAACAUUCAACCAACACGUCGACGGUAUGGCACGGUCCUCCGGUUACGUCGACCAAUAGUCAACAACAACAGUCCGGUCACAGUCCUGAUCGACAGAAAGGCACUGCGGAUCUGUUCGAGCUUUUGGAGAAGGCGCAAAGCUCCAGACUAGAUGACCAAAGAUGCGUACUUCCGGAAUUCUUCCGACAGGUAUGUUCUCCGAUCCAAUCCAAUUGCAAUACCGGUCAGCCCGGUAUGCAGAUGCAACAGAGGCACAGCAAUGGUGGUGGAGGAGGAGGAGGAGGUGGCGGAAGCGACAGCGAGCUCGGAAGCGGGGGUGGCGGCGGAAGGCUGUGCUCCAAUAACAACAUCAAAAUCAGCAGCGGCAGCCCCUGUCAGCCGACGCCGCCGAAUAGCCCUCAGCAGGCGACGUCCGCGUCGCGACGUCACCUGCAGGAAGCGCUCACACGGCCCGCCCCGUACCCGAUGAUCCUCUGCCCCGACAAUGGCUACUGGAUCGACGGCACCGAACACGACUGCACCUUCGACAUACGAGGCUCCCCCAUCCUGCCGCACGGCACUUGGAGACCUAAGAUCGACACCGAUGACACCGCCAAAUGCUACAAGCGAUUCUUCCUUGGAAAGGAGCACAGCACGUUGAUCGGAAACGACGACAAAUGCGGACCGGUGUUGAUGUCUGUGAAGACGGAAAUCCACGCCAGCCAGGAGCACACCAGGAUAUUGCUGAGGUUGCAGACUGGGACGAGGCACGAAUCGGUGCCGACGAGUAUCCUGGGCUCCAAUCCCAGCCCAUCUGGGAUGGCCAAGUUGCUGGAUGAGCAACUUAACGUCGACAAGUUCACGCCGAUCGUCUGCCCAAAGUCAUCAGAGCUGAUCAAGAAUUACGAUGAGCACGUGCUGGUCACGCGCUUCAAAUUCGGCGUGCUCUACCAAAAGCACGGCCAGAUAACCGAGGAGGAACUCUUCUGCAACAACGAAACGACACCUGCCUUCGACGCUUUCCUCAACCUGCUUGGGAAACGGAUCCAGUUGAAGGACCACAAGGGCUACCGGGGAGGAUUGGACAUACAGAACGGCCAUACCGGCGAUCAGGCCGUCUACGAGGAGUUCGAGUCCAGGGAGAUCAUGUUCCAUGUUUCCACGCUGCUCCCUUACACUGAGAACGACCCGCAGCAGCUGCAACGGAAACGGCACAUUGGCAACGACAUCGUAGCCAUAGUGUUCCAGGAGGACAGCACGCCUUUCAGUCCGGACAUGAUCGCCUCGCAUUUCCUGCACGCCUUCAUUGUGGUUCAAGUCGUCGAUCCUGGAACUCCGUACACCAGGUAUAAAGUAAGCGUGACAGCACGCGACGACGUCCCAUUCUUCGGGCCGACGUUGCCGAAUCCUGCGUUGUUCGCUCACGAUGGCGAAUUCAAGAAGUUCCUCUUGACGAAGCUCAUUAAUGCCGAGAACGCCUGCUACAAGGCGGAGAAAUUCGCUAGAUUGGAACAGAGAACACGAGCGUCGCUCCUGCAGACACUCACCAAAGAGCUGAGGGAGAAGACCCAGGAAUACCUGAGCAACGGCUCAUCCUCGGGCAGUUCCACGGCACCUGGCACCCCUAAAAGCGAGGGUCCCAGCUCGCGGUUCAUCGAAUCCGUGAAGAAGGUGUGGAGCGCCCGCGUCAAACCCAGCCAGAGCGUCGACACCAAUUUAUCCAGCGUCAAUGGUCACGAGCGCCUCUCCAAAAAGGGCAGUCAACCGACCAUCUCAGAGUCUACCCCACCGAGUGGAAGGUCUUUGUCGAAAUCAUCGAUCAUGUCGAUCGGGAAGAAGAGCGUGAAUUCAUCGUCGACGGCGUCGUCCCCGGAUCUAACUGCACAUGCCCAUCCUCCACAUCCGAGGCAAGCCAUGUCCGAAGCGUCGGACAACUCGUCCAUAACGAGCGAAUACCUGGAGGAGCCUCUGGCCGGAGGAUACAUUGACAGUGAUACCGGACUGGAGAGUAUGUCCAGCGCAGAGACGACGGCAAAGGCAUGCAGCGUCUGCCUCGAUCGCCCCAGCAGCACCUCCGGCUCCACCUACGACUCGCUGCUCGACGAGGUGGCGCAGCUCAAGUGCGCCAAAUUGGAUCUUCUCAGGGAGAAUGUGAAUUGGCAGAAGGAGAUCAAGAGGUUAAGAGAGCGAGAGCUGAGCCUGGACAACGACCUGACGAUGGCGCGCAAAGAGAUCAACAGGCUGCGUGGAGAACAGCUGAAGGAUUGAACACGUUUUCUGUCGUUCCAAUCCCUAGGUGGUUCUUAUUCUUAAGUCUUCUUUCUAACAUUUAGAAAAAAAAACACUAUUACUUAACACACAACACAAAUGAAGAAAAAAAAAAGCAUCACUUUGUCCUCUUCCUCGCGCUUUCUCUUCUCCGCGAACAUUUCGUUCUCCUAUCCGGUGAUAAAUGAUAAUGAUCAUCAUCACAAUGAUGAUGAUGAUGUUGAAUGGGGACGCAACCAAUAGGAGCUUCGUGUUUCGUUUGAUCCAGACAAAGAUUAAUUCAUAGUAUUCUUGAUCAAUAUUAUAUUAUUAUCGUUUCGUGUUUAUUAUUAUUAUUAUUAUUUAGGAUGCAAAUUUAAUUUAUUUUUCUUUUACUUUCUCUCAGUCCUCCUAUGUAUCUAUGUUUUUUGCUUUUGUUUUAAACAAAUAUCGAGAACAACAAUUACCAACCAAUUUAUACCAAAGUAACAUUCCCCAAAAUA